GGAGUGACUUACGGAGACCAAACCAAUGAGAUGAAGUUAUUGUAACCUUAAACGAAUACCAUUGGACACAUCGACUGCUGAUCAAUUUGCAAAGCCAAUCAAAACAUUGUCCCCGCCCACUCCAAUGUAUCCCGCCUCCGAGGUUUCUGGACUCCACCUGAUAGCCCUGGAAAGAGUAAGAAAGACCGGCGGCCAACUUUUUGAUAGCUUACAAACUAGGCUAAGAUGCCCCUUUCCCCGGACCCCAUGAACCUGUGUUCAUGUGAAAUGCUUCAGUAUGAAUAAAGAAAAUGUGCGGAGUGAAAUGGACCUGGCAUCUGGAUCAGCCAAGCGCUAUGGGUCAUCAAGGAGUAUCGUGCGAAGAAUAGCUACAAGUCUGCCUCUUAAACCCUGUCCCAGAGUCCAGUUCCAGCUGAACCCCUAUGCAGAGGACGGCAGCUACCUGAGAGCCCCCAGCAGACAGAACUUCCUGGUCACCUCCCUCGCUGACGUGGGCUGGAUCGCCCGAGAAGACGACGAUGAGGAUGAUGAGGAGGAUGAAGACUACUUUGACAUGCCGAGGCCAGGGCCUUCAACAGGGCUGGUGUUUCGAUUGUCCCAGCCUCAGUCCCCCAAGGUGCCCAUGGCCCGACCCCGGUCGCUACCCAGCCUGCACCAGGUGGACCCGGACCCCCAGGGCCCGGCCGCCAGCAACAACGAGGCCAAUCGGAAGAUCAGCGCCCUGGAGGAGGAGCUGGCCAAGCUGAGGGUGCAGAUCGCACAGAUUGUCCUGGCCCAGGAGAGGAGCACGCAGUCAGCUCCCGCCGCUGGUGUCCCAGCGCCUCCCCAGGCCUUCGGGGCCCCCCCACCACCCCCGCCCCCACCACCUCCGCCUCCUCCCCCUCUCCCUCCUCCGGCCCACGUGCUCCAGAGGACCUUCUCAGCCAUGGACCUGAUCAAGGAGCGCCGGGGGAAGAAGCUGGAGAGCGGCCCGGCGGCCCCGGAGCCCAAAGCGGCCCCCAGCAUGCUCGACGUGCUGAAGGACAUGGGCCAGGUGAAGCUGCGCUCGGUCAAAAGGGGGGGGGAGGCCAAGGCCAGCCAGCCCAUGGACGCCGCCUCCCUCAUCGCCCAGGCCCUGAAGCGCAAGUUCGCCCACCGCCACCGCCACGACAGCGGAGCCGAGGACGACGGGGAAUUCACACUGCCUAUCCCAGACGCCAAACCGCCGGUCCAGACGCCCUCGUUCGGCCAGCACAUGUUGAAAUCCAGCGCCAAAAGGAAGUGGGACUGAGCAGCGCCCUCCCCCACGUCGAGGGGCCGUGUUUGGGACGAGAGCUCCGCCUCGGGUGGCUCCUUGUCUCACCCGCCUUCAAGUGUCGGCCCUUCUCCCACUCGCAGAGAGAAGGCAGUAGGUCAUUCUGAACGGGCUCAGCCUGCAGCAGAUGGGGGGGGGGGGGGGCUCCAUAAACCCAUCGUAUGUCCCAAAGGUUGCACCUGACGGUCCCUUCCAGCAUGAAAGCCGGUUAUUUUUGCACUUUGUUUAUUUAUGUACUGUUGCGGCACACAGUGUUUGUUUGUUUGUUUGAAGCAAGUUUCUUUCUCAUAAUUAUUGUGUGUUUCGUUAAUGCAAACAGACUGAAGGAAUUAAAGUACCAGUUGUGUCAUUUUAAGGUGAGGCAGCACCACUUUUUACUGGCAUCAUUUGUAAUGGUAAUGAGUAACUAUUCCCUGUAAGUCUUUCAGAAGGUGCGUGGUUUUCUGCAUGCCCAGUAUAAGGGGGACAUGGCAGAGGAAAGGGAGCAGUAUUGUUAUCAUAUAACACUUGGUAGUCUUUUUAAUUCAUCAUUAAUACAAGUUAAAUCUAGUUUUUGUUUAACACCGAUUAUGCCUAGAUUUUGAUUAGGUCAUUGUCCAAUUAAAGCAUGCGUUCUACUCAUUUGAUAGUUUUGGACUUCUGCGUUGAAGUUGAGCAGACUUGAGUUCAGUGUUUCCCUCUGUACUAGUCUCAAGGCCCAGAAGGAGCGGGAACUAUGUGGCCAUGUUGGAGUUUUGUACCAUUGAGACAUUUUAACGUCUCUCCUAAUUGUGCUCUGUACUUCACAGCCAAAUAACUUCUACAUCAGUGUUCCAGAAGCAUUAUGUUUUAUUGCCAACUGCUAGUUGAAUCUUUUCCUUUUAAAUGUAUCUUUGUUUAAUGAUUUAUUGUGGAAGUUUUCAAAGGAGUUAUUAAUAUUGUAUUGGACACUAUCAAUGUAGAUCUUUCAUUACGUACUGAAAAUAAAGUAUUUUGAUUGCUAGAAAAGGGUCCCACAGUGAGUUCAUGUUGAGGUUCUUCUGCUUUAGCAGGCCUACACCUUUUACUCACUGAAAACCAUCCAUUAAAGUUUAGUUAGCUAGUUUUUCACCGUUCAAUUACCUUGGUAUGCAAUGUUGACACCAAAGCUUAAUUAAAUGUGGGGCGUGUCUUGAUUUCUAGAUCACAGUAGCACAGCAGUUCAUAGAUCACACACCAACACUUAUGACUGAUCACUGCCAGUGAGGUUGUUUCAAGUCAUGAUUUUAAAGGGAAGUAAACUGUUGGAGGUAUCUCAAAUGUUCACUGAAAUGUUUGCCAGUAACUGACAAAUGAUGAAUAAAUAAUAACUCAAGUUUUUGUGCUCAAUGGUCUCCUUAAUCGUAUCUUCUCUCGAGGAAGUGCCCUUACUGUGCAAAUACAAUUGAAAAUAACAACUUUUGCCUAAUCUUGGCAAGCAGGAAUAUCAACUGCCUUAAAAUACAAAACUCAAUGUUUUAUGUAUUUAUUAGUCAAAUAAGAACUGCAACAGGCGUGUAUCAAAAAGAUCAAUACGGCAAAGCCUUUACAAAAUCUGGCUCGACACUGAAGUCUUUCCCAAAAGAUGGCUGUCGCAACAAAUUGUAAACAGUUUUAUCAACAGUCUUACAGCACUAACAGCAAAAAUACAAAUCAGCUAAAGUAAGAAAAGCACCUGUUAUCGUUCAAAAUGUUUAACACAAACACAACUUUGUGCCACUAUGCAGAAUCAAAAGUAGACAAACAGGAAAUAAUGGAAUGUUCCAAAAGUAAUUGAGCAUUUUGUUGUCCGUACAAAAAGGACUUGUUCCUCUCGAAAGCAAAAGGAUUGGACAGUGCAAUCAAAAGAAGAGAAGUACACAAUGCUCUCGAUGAGAAAAGGAGUUGGUUUGGUCACUUAGCAUAGUUUGUGCAUAGUUAUAAAGGCAUCUGUCGAGCGGUCCUCUGGGAGGGGGGGGGGUGCAUGAUGUGGCCAUGUAGCAAAGACACUCUGGGUGGAGGGAGAGAGGCAUCCCCUCCUGGCCCCCUCCGUGACGGUCCCCCGGGGGGACCACCCUGCUCCGCCGCCAGCCGUCCUCCCGUCUCUCCACAAGAUUGGCAAAAAAAACUAAACCUGAGCAAGUCCAUUUUGCGCAGCGUUCCUGGUGACA